UCCCUCUGCCCAGUGUGUCAGAGGAGCUCCAGACCUCAGCCAGCGCCAUCAUGAUAUGCAGGUCUGCUGUGACCAGGAGGCUCCAGCUGCCGCUCGGCUUCAUUCGCUGGCACAGCGGCAGCAGCCCCGCCCCCUUCCUCUCCGCCUCCCCUGCUCGGGCCCUGGUGGACGAGAGCGUCACCAUCCGCGCUGACUUCCUGCCGCCUCACCGACCCGUCACCCUGAGGAGCAGACUGAGGAGCGAGGACGGCGACCUGUGGGAGGCCUUCGCUCACUACACCAGCGACUCCCGGGGAGCAGUCGACGUGGCUCAUGCUCCUGCAGUUGGCGGCUCCUAUCUGGGCUGUGAACCCAUGGGACUGUUCUGGGCCCUGGAGCCCGCCCCCGGCUCCAGAGAGGGGAUAAGACUGAGGAAGAAGAGCGUGGAGACCCCGCACCUGGUGGACAUCUCCCUGCUGGAAGGCCACGUGACACCCACGGACACGCGGAGCGUGGAGCUGGCCGCGGCGUCCGCCGAGCGCUGGUACAUAGCGCCCGGAGUCCGAAGAGUCGAGAUCCGAGAACGGGGCGUCGUGGGAACAUUGUUUCUCCCACCAGGGCCGGGCCGGUUCCCUGCCAUUCUGGACCUGUGGGGGAUGGGCGGAGGACUGCACGAGUACCGCUCCGCCCUCUUCGCCUCCAGGGGCUACGCCAGCCUGGCGCUGGCCUACUUCGGACACAGUGACCUGCCUGGGCCGCAAGACUCCAUCAAUGUGGGCGACUCAUACUUCAAGACGGCCUUCCAUCUUCUUCAAGCUCACCCCCAGGUCUGCUCCGACAGAGUCGGGAUUAUCGGUCUGUCCUUCGGCGUCUACCUGAUGCUGCGAAUGGCCGUUCAGAUUGGCGUCAAAGCGUCCUGCUUGGUUGGCAUCAACGGUCCGAUUGGAAGCUUCAUGGAGCUUCCGGAGCCCGCUGGCAGGAUCGGAAGUGACCAGACCCACUGGAGGUUCGAUGAGCGAGGCUUUGCCAACUUCAGGGAAGUGUCCUCACCUGCCAACCUGCUGCCCCACAGCAGAGUCAAGAUGGAGAACCUCCAGUGCCCCCUCAUGUACGUGGUGGGUGAAGAUGACCAGAGCACCUCCAGCGCAGAAAACGCCGCCCUGAUCGAGGAGACCCUCAGGGGAGCGGGGAAGUCCCACCUGUUAACACGGUUGUCCUAUCCCGGCGCGGGUCACCUGAUCGAGCCGCCGUACACGCCCAACGCACCAGUGUCUUUGUGGAAGGUCAAGCCUCAGAAACUCUUCACUCAGUGGGGCGGACGGCCCCAGCAGCACGCCGCCGCUCAGGAGGACUCCUGGAGGCGCAUCUUGGACUUCAUGGCACAACAUCUGCGACACUAGUGGAGGGCUCAAGAACACUGGAGUUCCUAAUAAAAGCACGCUGAGCCAC